CAUUGGGCUCGAUCUAGCCCAUACUACUAAAAAUAUUUGUAAAGCGUUUUUCCGUUAUGUACCUUUUUAACUAAACGAAAACAGAAGUCGAAUCCAAGGAAUCAAGGAUCUGUGGACUGUGGACGACGAAAGCACAGCUUGCACUUGAUGGCUAGGAUUAAACCUCAAGCUCUGCUAUUACAAAGUAAAAAGAAGAAGGGACCAAAUCGAAUAAGUUUUACUACUAUUAUUGCGAUCGGUUCGAUUCUUGUCUUGGCUUUAUUCUUCCUAUUUUCUACAUACAGACACUGGUCUCAAAGGCCAACCUUUCAAACAGAAGUUCACAAAUCAGUUGUUGAGGAUAACAAUUCUUUCAUGGAUUCGAAAAAGUCUGAUCUCCCUGGAUAUGCGAUAAUAAGUACCUCAAAAGGCUCUAUAACAGUGGAUCUUUUCAAGGAUAGCUCACCUGAAGUUGUCGAUGAAUUCAUUGACUUAUGUGAAAAAGGGCAUUUUAAUGGUAUGCUCUUUCGACAUAUAAUAAAGCACUAUGUGAUUCAAGCGGGGAACAUAGAUAAGAUGGGGAGUAUUGAAGAUUGGACAGUAAAAGGAAAACACUACAGUCAGCUUGAUACAAGUUUGAAGCAUGAUGCAUUCAUGUUGGGAACUUCCAAGAUUAAGCAUGACAACCAAGGAUUUGAACUUUUCAUUACAACCACACCGAUGCCAGAUUUGAAUGAAAAGCUUAUUGUUUUUGGGCGGGUUAUCAAGGGAGAGGAAGUUGUUCAGUGGGAUGAUCAACUCAGAAGUUGAACUUAUGGUUGAUAUUGAUAAUGUUACCUGAAACUGUGUUAACCAGGAACUUGAAGAGGUGGAUACAGAUGAACACUAUCAACCUAAAUCUGGCAUAGGGAUCAACAGUGUGAUUCUGAAACAGAAAGUCUAGAGGUCAUCCAAAUGAAUACAGGCUUUUCUUCGUUCCUGAUUCUUUCAUUUUACAUGUCUCUUCCUGUACCAUCAGUUGAUCUUGUGACAGGGACCACAAUUUCUUACUUGUCUUCUGGGCAUCUUGGAGCUGCAAUUUACUGAGUAAUUCAAAUUAAUAUGAAUCAACCUUAUACCACUUUGAUUAUAGUUGUACUUAACGGCAUUGAAACAGCUUAUAAGUUCAACAUUUAAGAAAAAUUCAAAUUUUAACCUGCUUCA